CACGUCUGUCAUCUCCUUCGACGAAGAACGAACCGAAUCUUCCAUGGCUUCUCUCUCUGUCCGUUUUCUCUCUCCUCAAGCUCUCCUCUCAUCUGGGUCGUCCUCCAAACCCAAAAGAACCGUCCUUUUCGCCGCUCAGACGACGGCGCCGGCCGAACCGGCGGUGGACGCCGAUCGGCUUGAGCCGAGGGUUGAGGAGAGAGAUGGGUUCUUUGUCCUGAAGGAGAAGUUCAGGAAAGGGAUUAACCCUCAGGAGAAGGUGAAGAUCGAGAAGGAGCCCAUGAAGCUGUUCAUGGACAAUGGAAUUGAGGAGCUCGCGAAGAUGACGAUGGAAGAGAUCGACAAUGACAAGACAUCGAAAGAUGAUAUUGAGGUUCGGCUCAAGUGGCUUGGUCUGUUCCACCGAAGGAAGCAUCAGUAUGGUAGGUUCAUGAUGAGGCUGAAGCUACCUAAUGGCGUGACAACGAGUGCACAGACACGGUACUUAGCGAGUGUGAUCAAGAAGUAUGGUAAGGAUGGAUGUGCAGAUAUCACCACAAGACAGAACUGGCAGAUACGAGGCGUUGUCUUGCCAGAUGUCCCCGAGAUCUUGAAAGGCCUUGCCGAGGUUGGCCUAACCAGUCUCCAGAGUGGGAUGGACAAUGUGAGGAAUCCUGUCGGAAGCCCUCUUGCUGGAAUUGACCCGGAUGAGAUCGUCGACACCAGGCCUUACACUAACCUCUUGUCCCAUUACAUCACUGCCAACUCCCGAGGAAAUCCCGCCUUCACCAACUUACCGAGGAAAUGGAAUGUAUGUGUUGUCGGGACCCAUGAUCUAUAUGAGCACCCUCAUAUCAAUGAUCUAGCCUACAUGCCCGCCGAGAAAGAUGGCAGGUUCGGAUUCAAUUUGCUGGUGGGAGGAUUCUUUAGUGCCAAAAGGUGUGAAGAGGCCAUCCCUCUCGAUGCCUGGGUCCCUGCCGAUGAUGUUCUUCCGUCAUGUAGAGCUGUUCUAGAGGCCUACAGAGAUCUUGGUUUCCGAGGAAAUAGACAGAAGACAAGAAUGAUGUGGCUGAUUGAUGAACUUGGCCUUGAAGGGUUUAGAGCCGAGGUAGAGAAAAGAAUGCCAGAUGGGAAACUCGAGAGGGGGUCAUCCGAGGAUCUCAUCAAGAAACAAUGGGAGAGAAGAGACUAUUUCGGGGUCCACCCUCAGAAACAAGAAGGUCUCAGCUAUGUCGGUAUCCACGUUCCAGUUGGCAGGUUAGAAGCCGACGACAUGGAUGAGCUUGCCCGCCUCGCUGAGACCUAUGGCUCGGGCGAACUCAGGCUCACAGUAGAGCAAAACAUCAUAAUCCCGAAUGUGGAAAACUCGAAAGUGGAAGCUCUGCUCCAAGAGGCACUCCUUAAAAACAGGUUCUCACCCGAGCCAUCGAUCCUGAUGAAAGGCCUAGUGGCUUGCACGGGAAGCCAGUUCUGCGGGCAAGCGAUAAUCGAGACCAAGGCAAGAGCCUUGAAGGUGACUGAAGAAGUGGAGAGGCUGGUCUCGGUGACGAAACCCGUGAGAAUGCACUGGACCGGGUGUCCAAACACGUGCGGGCAGGUUCAAGUAGCGGAUAUCGGGUUCAUGGGGUGUAUGGCUCGGGGCGAGGACGGGAAACCAUGCGAAGGGGCGGAUGUUUUCGUGGGCGGGCGAGUAGGGAGUGACUCCCACCUGGGCGAGGUUUACAAGAAGGGAGUUCCGUGUAAGGACUUGGCGCCAUUAGUUGCAGAGAUUCUGGUGGAACAGUUUGGUGCUGUUCCAAGAGACAGGGAAGACAACGAGGAUUCUGAUUGAUUUGUUCGCGUUUUGAUUCCUCUCUCAAGUGUGGCAACAAUGAAUAACCAAUAAAUGGAGAGAUUAUUAUUAUUAUUCCAUUUAGUAUAUAGUUCCUGAUUCAUUGGAAAGAUUCUGAAUAUUGCUUGGAUUUGGAUUAAUGGCAAUCUCAAUCUUUAUAUCUUCUUA